UAUUUUUUCCGCGCACCCAUUUUCUUUUCAAAAUUGGACCAAUUUAGGGCGAUAACUUUUAUUCAGAAAAUAAGAACAUUUUAGUAAUGUCUUGUUAUCCUGUUAGGUGAAUGAAAGCAGUUUGUUUUGUCAUUUGCCUUUGUGAUCCAGUUACCAUGGCUACGUUUCUGGCACAUUCUGUCAGUUCUAUUAUAAUCUCCUGUUGAGACUUCAUCAUAGAUCUACGCACUUUAUCUCGACUGACGGGUUAAUCACAUUCCAUUUUUACCUAUUCUUCUUGGCGCACAGAAAAAUGAAUUCAGCUAAAACAGAUUCGAAUGCGAAUGUUAGUAAUCAGAAUGAACUAUUCGUCUGUUAUGUGCGUGCAAGGAAGAUAUAUUGCGUUCUACGAGGACAAGGUUACGGUAGCGUUCGGACAAAAGCAUAUACAAAAGAAAAAACAAAUAUGGAGUCAUCGUGAUCAUUAUUAAAAACAGUGUCCUAAAAAUCAUAAAGUCUUGACGAUCAUUAUCAAGAAUAAUAACCUGAGGUGACGUGAGCGAAAAUUGCUUUAAUUCAGUCUGUCCUAAUUGUUUACUGGUUUGCAUUGUUUGAAGGAAGACAUCUGGCUUUAUUUUGCGGUUCUCUAUUAUAUGCUGUUAAAGCACAACAUCCAACAUGUCUGUUGUGUUUGUGUUUUGCUUGAAAGGAUGAUGACCAUCACCUGGAUCGCUUUACUUCUUUUGGUGGCAACAACAUCUACAUCUUUUCUGGACUGCCCGCCAGGCUGGGAUGAGUUUGACGAUUCCUGCUACAAAGUGAUGACCAGCUUCGUAUAUUCACAAAGUCUUAGUUGGGAUAAUGCUCGUGCAGUGUGUUUAGGAUAUGGAGGAGACCUCGUUAGUAUAGAAAAUGCAAGGGAAAUGGAAUUCAUAAGGCUUCGCUAUGCAGAAUACAUCAGCUACAGUAUGUGGAUUGGGUUGAAUGACCGAAUUAAACAACGUGAAUUUGUUUGGAGCGAUGGAACACCAUUCAAUGGUUCUGUUUACAGUAAUUGGCGUGAUGGCGAACCAAAUGACUGGUCAGGCCAGGAAGACUGUGUUGAACUUUACAACAAUGGCUGGAAUGAUCUGGCCUGCUCGAGGAAUCACUACUACAUGUGCGAGAGACCUAAAGGCAAGCUUUCAUGUCCUGAUGGAUGGUUUCCAAAUGGGUUUUCCUGCUACAAAGCGAGUGAAAGCGAAAAGUCAUGGAAUAAUGCAAAACAGGAUUGUUAUGAGUCUGGAAGCUAUUUGAUGAAGGUAGAUGACGCAUCGGAGCAACAUUUCCUAGAAGUUUACUUGCGUUCAACCGGAAUUGUACAAUUGUUCAAUCAAGUGUGGAUAGGCCUGAGUGACAUCGAACACGAAGGGAGAUUUACAUGGGAAGUGGAUAACAGUACCGUAAAUUUUAGCAAUUGGGAACCUGGACAGCCUAACAACGGUGGUAAUGGCAGGCAGCACUGUGUUACGGUGGGGGCUAAAGAAUAUUUUGGUUUGUGGAAUGAUGAUUACUGUCCUUAUCCGUAUCUUUACAUCUGCGAGAAACCUCUUGAUGGCAUUUCUUGUUAUCAGUGUGAAAGCAGCACAUCAUUUGCCAAAUGUUCAACGAAACAAGAGACAGUCAAUUGUGCAUUCCCUCGGAACUACUGUUUCAAACAAAAGAAUACAACAGGAGGAAAUAUCGAUCAAGAGACAGUUUUUUCCAAAGACUGUACAUCAGCAGAUCAAUGCAGAAAAAAGGGGAAUCAUUCUCUGGAAUGCUGUGAAGAUGACCUUUGCAAUACUGACAUCUCUUGUUAUCAGUGUUCGAGUAACAUAUCCUUUGCCGACUGUGCUAAGAACCAAAAAAGAGUGAACUGCACAUUACCAAAGAACCGCUGUGUUAAAACCACAUAUGGCACCAAGGAGGACAACAAAACUGUAACAUACCAUAAAGGAUGCGCCACAAUUGAUGAAUGCACAGAAUUUGCCAAGGGACCAUUUGCAGAAUGCUGCACUGGUGACAUGUGUAACAAAGGCAAGUUAUGAGAAACUGAUUUUUAUCUAUACGACCAUCUCUA